AUGUCACAACGCGAUAAAACAUCCUCGAGUACCUCUUUUAAUGAAAUUGUACCUCCACUUCAUAACUCUAAUACGAUUACAAAAUUUCAUCCAAUUUCUCAUACACUGAUAACGAUUACACAACUUAUCUUAUCGACACUUUCUCUUUUAUAUAUUCCUUCUUCAAAUCUUUUGGACGAUCCUGUAAAAUGUUUGAAUAUCACAACAAUUACCUUAUUUUUCGUGCAGUUUAUAACUGAAUUAUCUAGAUGGUUAUUAUAUUUACAAGAAGAUGGGAUUGAAACAAAUAAAUCCAUAAAAGCUAUGUUUAAGAAUUUGAUAGAAAAUAAAGGCGAGAAUUUCGCUCAUGCGUUAUGGAUAACUUUAUUUGGAGCAUUCAUGUUUCAUUUAAUAGCUGUUGUCUUUGGUGCACCCGCAAUUGAUCCAGAAAGCAUUCCUGAAAAGUUAAUUUAUUAUACUACAGUAUCUACAGUAAUUGGUGCUUGGUUAGGUGCUAUUGUUAUUCCUCUAGACUGGGACAGACCUUGGCAGAUGUGGCCAAUUCCUUGUGUAAUUGGAGGAUUUAUUGGACAUGUAAUUGGAAGUAUUAUAUCAUUAUUUGUGUGUUAUUUUGGUGGUGAAA